GGCGGCUCCGGGGGCCGUUGUUCAGCGCGGGGGCCGACUGAAGAGGCUCAGUGUCUUGGCUGGCUGGUCGGUUCGGCGUCCUUCGUCUCGUCCCAGGAACAGCUAAAGAUGGCUGAAUUUCUGGAUGGCCAGGACACUCGACUGUGUGACAACUGCAAAAAAGAAAUUCCUGUGUUUAACUUUACCAUCCAUGAGAUCCACUGUCAAAGGAACAUUGGUAUGUGUCCUAUCUGCAAGGAACCAUUUCCCAAAUCUGACAUGGAGACUCACAUGGCUACAGAACACUGUCAGGUGACCUGCAAAUGUAACAAGAAGUUGGAGAAGAGGCAGUUAAAGAAGCAUGAGGAGACUGAGUGUCCUCUACGACUUGCCCUUUGCCAGCACUGUGAUUUGGAACUUUCUGUUCUCAAACUGAAAGACCAUGAAGAUUACUGUGGUGCCCGGACAGAGUUAUGUGGCAACUGUGGGCGCAAUGUCCUGGUGAAAGAUCUGAAGACUCACCCUGAAGUUUGUGGGAGAGAUGUGGAGGAAAAGAGAGAUGAGGUUGCCAUGCCGCCUAAUGCAUAUGAUGAUUCUUGGGGUCAAGAUGGUAUCUGGAUUGCAUCCCAACUCAGACAAAUUGAGGCUCUGGACCCACCCAUGAGGCUCCCUCGAAGGCCCCUGAGAGCCUUUGAAUCAGAACUUUUCCAAAGUAGAACCACCAACCAAAGGAGCAUGACAGCCCAGUUUCCAAUUCAGAAUAAUCUAUUGGAAGAACAAGAAAGGCAGGAAAGGAAUAGAAGCCGACAGACCCUCAAAGAGGGUGGUGAAGACAGUGCAAACUUGGAUUUCAUGUUGGCCCUAAGUCUGCAAAAUGAAGGCCAGGCCCCCAACUUGGCAGAGCAGGACUUCUGGAGGGUCAUAUGUGAGGCAGACCAGUCCCAUGAAGGUCCCGGUGCUCUGAAUGACAUAAGGGGUGCAGCUGAUGAGACCAUGUUGCCUUGUGAAUUUUGUGAGGAGCUCUACCCAGAGGAACUGCUGAUUGACCAUCAGACGAGUUGUAACCCUUCAUGUGCCUUACCUCCGAUCAGUGUGGGCAAUGCUUCUCCCAAAGGGGUGGAGGACCCUGAUGUCAUCUUCCAGAAGUUGAUGCAGCAGGCUGCAAGUAACCAGUUAGACUCUUUGAUGGGCCUGAGCAGUUCACCUUCUGUGGAGGACAGCAUCAUCAUCCCCUGUGAAUUCUGUGGGGUCCAGCUGGAAGAGGAGGUGCUAUUCCAUCACCAGGACCAGUGUGACCAACGCCCAGCUACAGCAAACAACCACAUGUCGGAGGGGAUUCCUAGUCAGGAUCUCCAGCCUCGACAGACUUCACCAGAGCUACCCAAGAGGCGUGUCAGACACCAGGGAGACCUGUCUUCUGGUUACAUGGAUGAUAUCAAGCAGGAAAUGGCCAAAGGGCCCACCUAUCCUCUCCCUGCCAGCAGACCCACUAACAAUAUGACGGCUACUUCUAACCGCCUGACAACAUCCACAUCAGGCCCCAGACCUGGGUGCCAGCCCAGCCCUCCUCGCGCUCUGAAGCUCAACAACUUAGACAGCCAGGGCAUCCAGGGGCACAAUCGAAACAGCCAUAAUGGGGCCCUGGCUCCUGGGCACGUUCCAGUGGUUCACUCCGCUCGAAGUCUCUACCCAGAAAACCUUGUGCCCUCUUUCCCCCGUGGGCCUUCAGGGAGAUGCGGAGCAAGUGGCAGGAGUGAAGGUGGCAGGAACCCCCGGGUCACCCCCACGACCGCCAGCUACCGCAGCAGAACUGCAAAGGCAAAACCCUCCAAGCAGCAGGGAGCUGGGGAUGCAGAGGAGGAAGAGGAGGAGGAGUAACAGUGUCCGCAGGGAACUUUCGCAUCGGUUCCAUCUUUCCUGCACAAGUUGCCGUGGUGCAGCCCCGCCCCUUGGGUUCUGUGGGUAGGGGCCAUCUGACAGAUGUAACUUUUUCUAGGCUAUGGCCAUUUUGUGUCUUUUGAGAUUGUGCUGUGGGAGUUUGGGGGUUUGAGGGAGGGUUAGCAGGGAGGCUGUUGAGAAUGUUUCAGCUUUAGCUGCUGCCUUUUGGCAGCAUAAGUUACGGCCUCUUGGCCCACCAGGGCUUCAUCUUUUGACAUGCUGUCACCACUGCUUCAUGGUGCUGUGUGGUCCUGGUGAAAAGAGGGAGGGUUCUAGAAACCUGGUCCCCACCAGUGAGGUGAUGCUCUUCAUGUGGUGGCCUAAAUUCGGGAACUUUUGGAUAUCCUCUCCUGUGUACUGCCCAUCCUCACUCUAGAAUUUGGGCCUCUGGUGUGCGUGGAGGAGCUUUGGUAAAGUGUUCAGGCCAGUUGCAAUAUGUGUUAGGAACGAGGUUUGGAGAUGAGUUGAGCCACAGGUGAGCGGACUAUGUACAGGCUUUGUUUUAAUCUGCUUCUUUGGCAUUUGGCAUCACUGCCUUUUGUUUCUGAUGGGGAGCAUGGCUCCUUUGCCUUCACUGCCUUCUGAUGGGAAAGGCUGGGGGCUCUCUGUCCCCUCCAGGGCCAUGCUGGGCUCUGCGCUAAUCAGGAGUGAGGCCUAAGCUCAUGGCUUGCUCUGAAAACCAAGAAUCAGAGCCCCCUCCCCCUCUUUUUAUUUUACUAUUAUUAUUAUUAUAAUUAUUAACAUCCUUGUGAUAGAAAUAAAGUUUGUACUUGGAGUU